UCCUUACAGAGCGUCACGAGUUGCGGGAGUCAUCAUGAGAAGACGGAAAAGUGGCAGCUAUCCCCUGUAGGAGCUGCAAUUAGUUGGGGGGGAAAACAAAGCAGAACAUCUGUUUACAUUCCCAGUGGCGAGCUACCAGCGUCCAACAUGGCUAACAUCACCAAGAAAGUGUCCUGGUCCAGCCGAGGCGACGAGUCCGGGGCGGCCGGGGAGGAAACCCCGCUGCUGAACGGCUCCGAGCAGUCCAGACCCCUCAGACAGAUGUCAAGUGGAAGCACUGUAUUUCAGAUAGGCAGACUGAGCACGGUGGAUUUGGAAGAGGAGAUAACCACAGAAGAGGAUUCGGCGAGGGGGCGACCCAAAGAGAUCCCUCACAAUGAGAAGCUGCUGUCACUUAAGUUUGAGAGUCUUGACUACGAUAACAUUGAAAACCAGCUGUUUCUGGAGGAGGAGCGGAGGAUGAGCUUCAUGGCUUUUCGCUGCCUGGAGAUCAGCCGCUGGGUGAUCUGCGGCCUGAUCGGCUUCCUGACGGGCCUCAUCGCCUGCUUUAUAGACAUCGCGGUGGAGCAGCUGGCUGGACUCAAAUACAAAUUGAUUAAAGAAAAUAUUGUAAAGUUUACAGAAGCAGGCGGACUGUCCAUCUCCCUGCUCCUGUGGGCUGCCCUCAACUCGUUCUGUGUCAUGUUUGGGGCCAUCAUAGUCGCCUUCUUUGAGCCCAUCGCAGCAGGAAGUGGGAUUCCUCAGAUAAAAUGUUUCCUAAAUGGAGUCAAGAUUCCCAGGGUGGUUCGGCUCAAGACUUUGGUGGUAAAAGUGGUGGGUGUAAUCUUCUCCGUSGUCGGUGGUCUGGCAGUAGGAAAGGAAGGCCCAAUGAUCCAUUCUGGUGCCGUUUUAGCCGCUGGCGUCUCGCAGGGCAGAAGCACUUCCUUAAAACGAGACUUUAAGAUAUUUGAAUAUUUCCGGAGAGACACAGAGAAAAGGGAUUUUGUUUCCGCCGGAGCUGCUGCUGGAGUUUCUGCUGCGUUUGGAGCCCCAGUUGGCGGCGUUUUGUUCUCUCUGGAGGAAGGAGCCUCUUUCUGGAAUCAGAUGUUGACAUGGAGGAUCUUUUUUGCCUCCAUGAUCUCCACCUUCACGCUGAACUUCUUCCUCAGUAUCUAUCACAACAAACCAGGAGACCUUUCCAAUCCGGGUCUCAUCAAUUUUGGACGCUUUGAGAGCGAAGCGAUGGAGUAUAACCUCUAUGAGAUUCCUUUGUUUAUUGCUAUGGGAGCCAUAGGUGGAGGUUUGGGAGCUUUCUUUAACUUUCUCAACUACUGGCUGACCAUCUUCAGGAUCAGGUACGUCCAUCGGCCAUGUUUGCAAGUGAUGGAGGCCAUGCUGGUCGCCGCGGUGACCGCCACGGUGGCUUUUGUCAUGAUCUAUUUCUCCACCGACUGUCAGCCUCUGGGGCCCGACCACACCGAGGAGUACCCACUGCAGUUGUUCUGUGCAGACGGAGAAUAUAACUCCAUGGCCACAACCUUCUUCAACACUCCUGAGAGAAGCGUGCGGAGUCUCUUCCACAAUCCAACAGGAACCUACAACGCUCUGACUCUGGGUCUGUUCACACUGACCUACUUCUUCCUGGCGUGUUGGACCUACGGCCUGGCGGUGUCUGCCGGCGUGUUCAUCCCGUCUCUCCUGAUCGGAGCAGCCUGGGGGCGGCUGUGUGGAAUACUGCUGGCCUCCACUACUUCUACCGCCUCAUUGUGGACUGACCCUGGUAAAUAUGCCCUGAUUGGAGCUGCUGCCCAGUUAGGUGGCAUCGUGAGAAUGACCCUCAGCUUGACGGUCAUCAUGGUGGAGGCGACGGGCAACGUCACGUACGGCCUUCCCAUCAUGCUCGUACUCAUGACCGCCAAGAUAGUCGGAGACUACUUCCAGGAGGGCUUAUAUGACCUCCACAUCAAGCUGGGAAGCGUUCCCUUCCUGCACUGGGAGGCGCCUGCCACCUCCCACUGGCUCACCGCCAGGGAGGUGAUGAGCUCACCGGUCACCUGCCUGAACAGAAUAGAGAAGGUCGGAACAAUCGUCGACACGCUCAGCAACACUUCCACCAAUCACAACGGCUUCCCUGUCGUCGUGCAGGUUUCUGGUGAUGACGAGCCUGCUAAACUCUGCGGCCUCAUACUCCGCUCUCAGCUCAUCGUUCUCCUCAAGCACAAGGUGUUUGUGGAGCUCGCCCGCUCCCGGCUCACUCAGAGGAAGCUCCAGCUGAAGGAUUUCAGGGACGCCUACCCCAGGUUUCCCCCAAUCCAGAGCAUCCACGUCUCUCAGGACGAGAGAGAGUGCAUGAUGGACCUCACCGAGUUUAUGAACCCAACUCCCUACACCGUUCCACAGGACACGUCGCUUCCUCGCGUGUUCAAGCUGUUCAGAGCGCUCGGACUCAGACAUCUAGUGGUGGUGGACGAUGAUAACAGAGUGGUCGGACUGGUGACCCGGAAGGACCUGGCCAGGUAUCACGUGGGUAAACACGGACUGGAGGAGCUCCAUUUGGCUCAGACAUAGUACACACACACACACACUGAUGGACAUGAACACACCUGAUGCCUCAGAGGCCACCAGCCUUCCUGCACACCUGAGCGAUGCAUUGUGCUCCAGCACAGCGAUUUCUCUCCCGCCUCCCCGUGUGAAAUAAACAAAAUGAUUGUGUUUCUGUCGUUUAAGACUUUAAAAACUUUUCACUUGUUUUUGGUUACGUUUAUUUCCUUUUGCCUAAUUUUUUAAAACUUAAAUCAUCGUGUUUUCCAUCAUGCUCCAGGUCACAUUAAAUCGAAACAACAGGAUCACUUCAAAUCGAAACUGUUUAUACAAAAGGUUUUAUUUCCACUCCCCUCUGGUGAAAUGUAACCAAACCCGUCGCGGGUCGGGUUUGGUUUGGCUGAAGGGGUAAAUCAUAAAUCAGGUUUGUGUCUGUCUUGUUUUUCACUCCAUCAUUUUAACAUCGAAGGAUCUCAUGCUGUUGAAUCCCAGAGUUUAAAUCCUCUUUUUUUUUUUUUUUAUUUUAAGUUCAGAUUAUUGAUGUAUUGCGUGUUUUGAACUGAGAGAAUGAUGUUAUUUAUUGAUGUCAGAGAUCUGUUUUAACUUAAAGAGAAUAGUCCGGGCUCAUGCAAAGUCGAAGGUCUUAUAGUUUUAUGUCCCAUUUUUGCCUCUUUUUCUGUUUGACAUGCACAGAUGACAUUACUACUGAGAGCAAAAGCUAAAGGUACGAACUCGUCUUCUUUAAAUCACCUCUCAAGAUUUUCACUUUCACCUUUUUUCUGUGAAAGUCGUUUAAGUGUGAAGAUCCGCAUCAUGAAGCUUUAUGUGAAUAUUGUCAGAACCAGAAAAUUCAAUGUUUGAUUUUUUUUUUUUUUUUUUUUAAAUGUCAGUUUGUGCUAAGUGUUCCAGUAUUAAUAUUUUGUGCACUUCAUUGUAAAACCACUUUGUUUUUUUCUUUUAAUGUAUAGAACAUGAAAAUGUUUACUGAGCUCUAUUUUAUAACUACUAAGAAAAUGCCUUUUUGUGAAAUAAUAAAGUUGGAAUCUAUCCUUUAUAAAAGUUA